UGCUGAUACAUAUAAAGGUACGGUCCAACCUUUCCUCGUUUACACAGUGUAGAUUCCAGUUUGGCAUCGCAUCAUCGAGGAGUUAUUUUCAAAUGACAACAAACGCUUUUAAUUUAUAAAAGGACACCACAUUGAACAGAUAUCUUGUCUAAAAAAUACAUACUUUCGAACGUCUAUUCAUAAAUUUCUUAGGAUAGGCUAAAUUAUUCUCAAUAGCCUUUCGUAUCUCGUCGGCGAAGGACUCUUCAAAUACGAUUUUUUCGUCGAAGAUAUCCACGUUUUAAUACAAGGAGUCUUGUUCAAUUUCUAAGCAUGAAACAAGCCACUGCGAAAACAGAGAUGAGCCGUUUUAACAUUUCCCCAGAUGAAGAUAGCUGUUGCAGCUCAAAUAGUAAUGAAUACAGUUAUCAAGACAGCAACGCCAAGAAGGUCCCACUUAGCAGCCAAUACCCGGAUAUGGAUGCAGAGAAUCAAAACUUCCUUCCAGAAUACAAUCUGGGCAAGAAAAAAUAUGAAACAGAAUAUCACCAUGGCACUGCUUCUUUUGGGAUGUCUGUCUUCAACCUGGGAAAUGCCAUUAUGGGCAGUGGAAUCCUUGGCUUGGCCUACGCUAUGGCCAAUACUGGCAUUGUUCUGUUUGUAAUUCUGCUGGUUGCUGUAUCCAUUUUCUCCCUCUACUCAGUGCACUUGCUGCUGAAGACUGCCAAUGAAGGAGGGUCCCUGGUCUAUGAGCAGCUGGGCUAUAAGGCAUUUGGCAUGCCAGGAAAACUGGCCACAUCCUGCUCCAUCACCAUGCAAAACAUUGGAGCAAUGUCCAGCUACCUCUACAUUGUGAAGUACGAACUACCAAUUGUCAUUCAAGCCUUCUUAGGGGCCAGCAACGGAGAAUGGUAUGCAAAUGGAGACUACCUGGUGCUGCUGGUGUCACUCUUUAUCAUCUUGCCUCUCUCUCUGCUGCGAAACCUGGGUUAUCUUGGUUACACCAGUGGUUUCUCUCUCCUGUGCAUGGUUUUCUUCCUGAUUGUGGUGAUAUAUAAGAAAUUUCAGAUCCCUUGCCCUCUGAUGCCAGAGGACUUUGAUGGUUUGAAUGAAACUUUAAAGGUCCUGAACACCACUGCAUCCCACCUUAACCGAACAGCAGUGGCCUAUGGUGAAGAUGUCUGCACUCCAAAAUACUUUGUGUUUAACUCUCAGACUGUCUAUGCUGUUCCCAUUCUGACAUUUGCCUUUGUGUGCCACCCUGCCAUCCUGCCCAUGUACGAGGAGCUAAAAGAUCGUUCUCAUAGAAAGAUGCAGGGAGUUGCCAAUGUCUCUUUUUUGGCUAUGUUCAUCAUGUACCUGCUGGCUGCCCUCUUUGGAUAUCUAACAUUCAAUGUGAACGUGGAGCCAGAACUGCUUCACACCUACUCCAAGGUCUACAAGGCUGAUGUUAUCCUACUGAUUGUGCGCUUAGCUGUGUUGACUGCUGUCACUCUCACUGUCCCUGUUGUGCUCUUCCCUAUCCGCACCUCAGUCAAUCAGCUCCUGUGUCCCUCCAAGGAUUUCAGCUGGAUUCGUCACUCGAUCAUCACCAUUGUGCUGCUGGCCAGCACCAAUGCACUGGUCAUCUUUGUUCCAACCAUCAGAGACAUUUUUGGUUUUAUUGGUGCUUCGGCUGCAGCUAUGUUGAUUUUUAUUCUGCCCUCUGCUUUCUAUAUCAAACUGGUCAAGAAAGAGUCGAUGAAGUCUGUCCAGAAGAUUGGGGCAACCAUCUUUUUGUGCAGUGGUUUCUUUGUCAUGAUUGGAAGCAUGACACUCAUCAUCCUCGACUGGAUCCACAAUGCCUCAGCCCCUUCUAGCCAUGCUGAUGGGCACUAAGAGGAGGCUACCAGCAGAGGGCAAUGGCAUGCAGCUCAGGAGCAAAACAUCUGAUUGCAAUGACUGCAAAAAAACACUCACACAAUGCUCGAACAAAACCUGAGAGCAAGAGACCAUACCAUUCCAAGAGAAUGUAUCUGAAAUUGUACAGUAUACUGUAAGGCCACAAUGAUGGUUUUUCUCUUAUUUUGUUUUUAUUUUUUAAUCUGUUUUCACAUGCUUUUUGUAGUUCUGGUACAGUUUAAACCUUUGAUGGUGCCUCAAACAGGGAUGACUUACUCUUUAAAUGUAGCUCAACUACAGGUCCUGCGGAUCUUGCGCAUGCUUGCCUAAAUUUUUUCCUUUUAAGAUAGCUAAUAUUCCGUACCUGAGCCACGCAAACGUCCUGGACAGAAAUCAAUAGAGGCAACAGAGCAUUUGAACUCAAGGUGAAUUAAUUUGUUACGUUUUUCACUUUGAAAAUUUGUAUUUGUAAUACAUGUUUAUAUAUUGAAAAGCACUUAAUCUUUAGCACAUUUGUGAAAAUUUUGCAGUUCACUGACAACUACACUGCUUCAGUAUUUGUACCAAGGCUCCAUGACUUUGGUAAUCGUGCCAGCUUUAAUUGUAUAAUGCAUUGUAUAUGUUUAAAAUACCUGCCUUCUCAAUACACUGGAUGCUGCAAAAUAUCUCUAAUGGCAGUAGAAUAUUUAAGAGUAUGAUGCUUUUAGGACAUUGACAUUAUUUGUAGGAGAAAUGAGAAUAGCUAGGAUACUCUGUUCCAUCUCCCUAAGAUAAGGAGGGAGUAAAACAUUUUUCUGUAUGGAAGAAUACCUUGAAUUUAACCACAUGAAGUGGUUGUAAUGUACCUGUUUAACAUGCAAAAGUGAUUUGACGGCAAUGCUGCACAACCAAAUAUCACGUUAUAAAACAGCUUCUAUUGUACAGGCGAGUGGAGUUCGGGAGAGUGUAUGUUGUGUUUUUUUAUGUUUGCAGAUGAUCUUAUAUGUAUGUUCCACACUUGCAAGAAAAGAGAUGAAUAAGGGUGUGUCACGUCCACUUGUGAUAUAAGCCACCUCAAGCAGGUUACUGUGCUUCCAAUGCUAACCUCACGCAUAAUUCAAACUUUUAUUUAUGGAAGAAUGUGAAAUCAGUGUAAUUUAAUCUAUUUUACUAUAUUUAUAUAUUGUGUACAUAUAUGAUUUUAAAUGUAUGUAUUGGACACAGUGGAGCUGAGAACAAAGCUAGUGAAUUCUGUGUUUGUGGAUAUCCCCCCUUACUAUAAUGCUUUCAUGGGAAGCAGUGAGCCCUACCACCCCCCAUGCGGAACAAGCUUGAAUUUAUCCCUUAACAAUAAGUAGUCCCAUUUUAUGUACACUGAAAGUCAAUGUUAAGUGUGGAACCUACUGUAAUAGAGGUGGGUGAUCUGCGUACACACUAGUUUUAACCCUGAUUGUAACUCGUGUACAUGUUAUAUGCACAUCUUGGUUGGAGAGUACAUCAGCCAUCUCGUGACCUCAGGAGCAAAGAGGGCAUUGCCCAUCAGUGUUACACCCUUGUUUCAAUGAAACUAUGUAUAUCCUGUAAUUAUUGUCCAAUAAAAAAAAAACUAAAAUGAUCCCCAA